AUGACAAGAAUAUUUCUUCUCGUUAUUUUGUUUGCAUCUCUGUCCAUCUUUGCACAGGAAGGUAAGAAAAGUUUGCCGCUUAAGAUAUAAUCCAUUCCUUUUUCACCCCGGUUGUGUGAAAGCUAAUAAACUUAAUAAGCUCGAUAGUCGAUAUAGUUUAAUUACGGUAGUUUAAUUACUGUAAUAGUUAGCCGUGAAUUUUCCAUUUUCAAAUAUUCCUCAACAGUGCGUAAAAUAGUCGAACAUUUGAUCGUACAUCAGGCCCUGCAGUUUAGAUGGCGAACUUUAAAUUUUCGUGCGCCGAACCUAAUACAACAAUUAAGUACGACAAAUGAGCGGCUGUCUAAAUCCAUUACGUUCGAUCGAAAUCAUGUCGUAUUUUCCGACACAGGUUCGACGUGCUUGGCUGCUCCCCGUGAUUUUUAUGCGCCGAACCUCGUCGUCAUUUAAUUAAAUUUAUGCUGGACUUUAAAUUCGAUGGCUUUGCUUUUCCUUUAAUGGUUUAUAUUUCUGCGGCUAGGUUCUAGAAUACCCGUCCAUUUCUGAUGCUAGAGAGUUUGGCAAAUAGUGGCAACAAGAACUUGCUCAUCAGCAAUAUCAUCUUUACUCUAAGACAAAGGCGACUAUAAGUAUAAUCCUUAAUUAAGAAUUCUAGUAGAUCGCAGUUGUUCAAACUGCUACCGUGCUACGUUAUUUAAAUAAUUUUCACUGCUUAUGACCACGCCAACAGAGUAAGCGCCAUGCAAUGUUUAAUAAUACAGAGGACUUCUGAACUGAAUCGAUGUUGGUUGAGUUAGUUGAGACAUUUGGUGCUCUGUAUAUCGCUUCCUGAAAGCCAGCUAUUGGAACUGCAUGUCAGUACUGCAUUUUCGAUGAGGAUAACACGCCUGAUCGCAGGUUAAGGAUGAGGUUACAUGACGAGUUCACAGCCCGGCCCAACAAAAUUCUAGAAAAAUGGCAUGUGCUAAGAGGCGAUACAUUACAGGAAAAAUGGAAAUACAAAAAUAUUAAAAUAUGAAAUCAAUUUACGGGAAUUUUUUUGGAAAUUUUAAGACAAUUGGGGAGGGGGGUUGGUGGGGUGCGGUAAACCUAGAGGACGUUUACUACAUUAGCACAGACUGACCAACCUAUUGAUCAGAGCCUAUUGAUAUUCAAAAAGUCAUUUCUGUUGUUUUUUGCGUAAGCGCUAGUUCGUCAGCGAUCCGCCUCUCAACAAGUGCCCUGAACAGAAGCAGUCAUCCCCUGACGUCUUGCCUUUUUGUGUUUUUUCUAGGGGGCGAAUAAUUCUGUUUAGGGCACUUGCUGAGGGGCUGAUCGAUGACGAAUAGCGCUUGCGCAAAAAACAAUAGAGAUGACUUUCUGAAUAUAGGUUAAUAGUCAAAGUCCUCUGGGUUGCCCACGAUUGUCUUAAAAUUAAAAAAAAUUUCCAUGAAUUUCUUACUUUAAUUUUUUGCAUUUUUCAUUUUUCCAGUAAUUUAUAUUUUCGGUGGUUUCGGCCGUUUCGUUUCGGUGGUUCCGUUUCGACGUUUUGCUUUGUAGUACUCCAUGCCUAGAAAAAUACGUUCUGUCAGCAAAGUUGUUGAAAAAACAAUUGUUAAAAACGGCUUUAUUUGUGUUUGUUCAAUUUCUAAAUGCAACCGCAGUCUGCACAAGAGAAGUUGAUAGACAUGCAUUGAAGGAAGUGAAAUAUUUUUCAGACUUUUAAUGUCUUUAUCAUUUUAACCCGGACUGCGAUUUCACUCCGGUUCGGGAAUCAAGACUUCGAGUUGAUCUUAUUUUAACUCUGCUCGAGUUGCAACUCUCGAUGUCAUCGCAAAACAAAUUCAGCUCGGUUAACCGGUUUGAAAUUCAACUCUGGCCAAAAACUCUUCAUGUAGUCAGCUCCUAACACUGUUUCAUUUCAUUCACAGUUGCUUCGACACAGACAUGCGCUGACAAAUGGAAAGACUGGGGCAAUUCGUGGUAUUUAUUUGUCGCACCAACUGGCACAAACUGUAAUCAUGAGGCAUCGAAUUGGACUGCGGCUCAAAUAUAUUGCAAAGAGAGAGGGGCAGAUUUGGUUUCUCUUACGACUAAUGAUGAAGUUAAUUUCGUAUACACUCAUACAAGGACUGUAAGUCACAGAUUUUGGGUCGGAUUGAGUGAAGACAGUACCACUAGUGCACACUGGGCUUGGAGCAAUGGAGAUAAGCUUAGUAUCACGAAAUGGAACACGGGGGAACCAAAUUACCUUGAUGUAGAACAUUGUGCUGAAAUUUUAGAGUCGAAAAAAGUCUGGAAUAACAACGACUGUGUCAAGAAGAUAGCUUGGAUAUGUGAAAAACCAAAAAGUGCUAAAAAUAUUUCAGUCACAGGUAUAUAUAUAUAUAUAUAUAUAUAUAUAUAUAUAUAUAUAUAUAUAUAUAUAUAUAUAUAUAUAUAUAUAUAUAUAUAUAUAUAUAUAUAUAUAUAUAUAUAUAUAUAUAUAUAUAUAUAUAUAUAUAUAUAUAUAUAUUGUUUAUAAGUUGCUUCGUGCAAAAAGCAUGAAUUAUGUUACCUUCUCACAAGUAACAUACAUGCAGCAGUACAUUAAUUGGGAUUUAGAGUCAACUCUUAAAAUCAAGGCCGGAUUUUGGUGGAAAUAGUGGGGGAGGUGGAAAAAAUUUAGCGAAGGUGCAGCGUACAUAUACGUAUUAAUGAUUUAUGACUGUUUCAAACACUCAUUAAUAAUUCAUUAGCUAAUUGGCAAAUCAUGUUGUUACGGUUGCUAAAGCGUCCCAAUUCAAGAGUAUGCGCUUCAGAAACUACUGCAAGUUUUCUUGCACUUCCGGUUCCGUGAUAUCCCAGGGCCUGUGAAGGUCGUGUACAGCCGAGAGGCCCUGGGAACAAGGAUGAGUGUGAUAUGCAGGACCAUCUAGGGGUGGCAAAAGGGGUGGUCUGGGCCCCAGGAAAGGGGGGAGGGGGGGGGGCAAAUAAGGCAAACCAAAGGAAAUGAUCUCACUAAUUGACCUAAAAGUUCAAGAAUAUUGAAAUAUCAAUUUCAGUAAAGGAGCAAAAAUCACUAGUGCCCCAAAAUUUUAAUUCGCCCCAUAUCCGCAAGAAAUCCCGAAAAAUCAAAGGAUUUGCAAAAUUCCAAAACUUCUCCAGGUACAGUACACUUUUUUCGAGUGAUGCACCGGUGACUCAUGCCUUGUGCACGCCAGUAAACGCAUCCUAAAUACUUCAUACAAAUAUUUUAUAAAGCGCCUGGAGACGAAGUGUGCGUGCAUGUGCACACCCUGUGUCCUGAAUCAAUGCAAAUAUGACUCUGGGUGUCACACCCAGAGUCAUAUUUGCAUUGAUUCAGGACAAAUUUUCCAUUCAUAUUUAUAGUCGUUCCUGUUACUAUUCCGACUACUGAAGAGGACACGAAGCCAACAAAAGGUAUGAGUUGCUCGAAUUAACAUGUGUUUCAUUUGGUUUUGUUACCAAUUUUCAAAUAAAUUAUUGUUACAAAAUUUAAAUAUCUAAGUCAUUUUUAUUCACUGCGUAUCACUGUAUCCCUCAAAUAAUAAACAGUAUCAAAAUUUGCCGCGUAUUCUAUAAUCGUUCUUAUUUCUGCGGGGUAUGGAUUAUUUAUAGUUUAUAAUUUUUGUUAUGUAAAGUACCUUGUGGUCUUGCAGAAGUCUGAUGGUUGGAAACGAGUGAAAACCGUUCAUCGGUGGUCCUUCUACUUAUCUCAAAAAUUUGGCGGUUGUUAGUAGUGGAAUGCAUGAGUUGGGAUUGAAAAACAAUGGGAGGAGCAGGCAACCAAACAAUUUUACUUCCUUUCAUUUUAGGCACUCAAACUGAUUCGUCAUUGUGCCCUAACGGCUGGCGUCACCUGGUCUCAUCAUGUUACUACUUCAAUCGAACAAAAACAACGAUGUCCAGAGCAAAUUCUUCUUGUCAAAAUCAAGGUGGAGAUCUAGUACUUCCACGCAACAUUGCAGAACAUGAUGCUAUCUGGAAAGUUGCGGAAGAAAAUAAACUUUUUCAGUCUUGGAUCGGCCUGCAUGAAGAGCAACAGACAAAUACAUUUUAUACCAGUGAUGGGAAACUACCAUCUUAUACAAACUGGGGAUUGAGUCAACCAGAUCGGUAUACAGCCUAUGGGGAUGAAAAGUGUGUGAUAUUUUGGCAGAUACGGCCGAAAGGCGAAUGGCAUGAUGUUUCAUGCACAAAACAUUAUUCUUAUAUUUGCCAGAAACCAUGUAAGUCUACAAUUUUAUUUACAGGUGUGUGUACCACAGAAUACCACACAAAUUUACAUGUUCCGUAUCUUUUGUCAAAUGCAUAUAACACAUAGCCUGUUAAAUAUUUUUUAGUACAGUUUUUCAUUAUUUUUUUCUUCCUGUGAGGUCUUGGGGUUAGAUUUGGCAGAUUCUAUUAUUUUUUAAAUCGGACAUUCUAUGGAUAGAAUCCUAAUGUACCACAGAAUACCAGUGCGGCAAUAAGUAAGGAACGGUUUAUCAAAUUGUACCGAUGAUUUGGUGUGUCAUGUUGUGUGAUAACAUGAUCACUGUACAGAUAUUGCUAACUUAAUUUAGUGGAAGGAAAUUCUAAAAUCACUAUACAGAAUACUGGUGGUAUAUGUACCACAGUAUAUUAGGUUUACCAAUAAUUUUGAAAAAUUGAGUUUUUUAUAGUAAAUUUGAUCACUCAGUGAGAUUCCUGAAUAGUAAAAAUGUCAGUGUAUCGCUUAGAAAAGCUGUUGAUGCAUGAAUACAAACCAUGUUGGUUUUCAAACUUAUUUUCAAACUUUCUGAUUUUACUGGCAUUAGGCAGAAAAAAAGCACCAAAAAUAGAGAAUUUUAUUUGUUGUUUUCCGAUUAUUUUUAAGAAUUUUAUGAAAAUAUCCAUUUUUCGUUUUUAUAUGACCAUUGAAACUUAAACUAAUAUAUAUUCACAAAAAUAAAGUAUAUAUAGUAUGUUUCCUUCAAAUUUUAUAAGAGAAAUAAAAAACUGGUGUUCUGUGGUACUGUGAUAUUCUGUGGUACAUACAUCUGUACUUAUGUUAUUCACAGUUAAUAAUUCAUGAAGACAUAAUUUUAAAUCAAAUUAUGAAUGUUUAAUCAAUAUCUGUAAUGUACGAAAAAAUUGAGUUUUUUGGGUAUUUUGUUCUCUUGACACUGUGAUCUUUUGUUUUCUUGAUACUAACGAAAAAAGAACGAGUUGGGUUCCGGGUUUUACAAACGCCCGAGGGUAAAGACCCUGGCUACGAGGUUGCACGUUAGUGGCUGUUAUCCGCAGUAUUCUGUGGUGGUGGUGGUGUUGAAUUGACGACUCGCCACGCGCGAACUCUCAUAUUUGAUAUUUUUUGUUUUGCUUAGCUUGUACCUUGUCAUCUUGUCAGAACGGUGAGAUUUGUUUGAAUGGUAAAUGCAGGUAAGCGGUAAAGCGGUUUACGGUACUUUCUAAUAAUAUUAAAACAAACAUAAGAAUAAAUCUACAAACUCGAAGACAUGACGUAUAUGCGCUCACUAUCAAGAUAUAUUUGAUGGUAUACAUUAUUAUCUUAUUGUCUAUUGAGCUUUUAAUAAUUUCCACCUGAUCACCAAUUAAUUGCAUUUGUAUAGAACUUGAUUACUCUCGCAGCAUGCUAGCUUCUGCAGUUUUACACAAACCUCAGCGAGCUCUGAUGAUGUUAUAACAUUUUUAACAGCUGCCAAAGUGGCUUCACUGGGAGCCGAUGUGAUGUGGACAUUGACGAAUGUAAAGAAUCUCCUGGAAUAUGUCAGAACGGGGCAAAUUGCACUAAUACUAAUGGCUCGUACACAUGUACUUGCACAGCUGCAUACACGGGACGAAACUGCUCAAUAAAUAUCGAUGAUUGUAAGACGGAUGAUGGUUCAUCAAAAUGUCUGAAUAAUGGUGCAUGCAUUGAUGGGGAGGCUAAAUUCUCCUGUAAAUGUCAAGACCCAUAUUUUGGUAUGAUGAAUAUUUUAUUUAUUUCUAUUUUGUACAGUACAAGUUACGAAACAAUAUACAUAUAUAAAGACAUGGCAGGGCUGUCAUCACAACAGCACAAUUAGAUAACGUCUGCAGGAGCGAUCGAUGGGCCCUGAUGAACUAGAAAAAUACUUAUAAACUGAGAUGUUUUGAAAACAUUAGCAUUCCCUAUGGCUAUGAAAGGAAACCAGGCCCAUUAGCUCUCUUCACAUGAAUGUCUUCAAUCCAGAGUGAGAAUAUUGAAACCCCCAAUCUCUGAGACUUAGGUGAAAACCAGCUACCUUCAUAACAUUGUGGUUUAAUAUGGUCCUGGUGAGCACGAAAGAUGCGCGGAUUGUCUAGUUGACCCAGUGAGUUGACUGCUCAACACCCGGCCAACACGUUACUUGCUUCCUUUCCCAAGUAAAAUUGUUUGGCAAUAAGGUAGAAAAAUUGUAUCAUUUGAUCCAUUACAGGAUCCCGCUGCCAGUUUGUAGAUGAGUGUAAAGAAAAGAAAAAUCUAUGCGGCAAAGGUACUUGUGGUAAAUUUCAAAAUGGUUCUGCAUACUGCAUUUGUAAUGGUACAGGAUACAAUGGCAUCUUUUGUGAAAAUAAUAUUAAUGAGUGCUUGUUACCUAGUCCACAAUGCGAUGACACAAUCGCCACGUGUAUUGAUACUCUAGGCUCAUACGAAUGUACCUGCAAGGCUGGCUAUACAGGUUAGUAAUGGUGAUUUGAUAUAAUUUAAAUAUUAAUUAAUAUAGUACUAUAAUUAUAAUAUUAUAAUAAGUUCUUGGAAAUGAAAAAGUAGUUUAAGCCAUCAGAUGACAAUCACAGAUAGGCCUAUAAAAAAAUUGUUUUUUAAGCCUUUUUUGCUUCCUUUUUGCCCACUGCCCAAUUCUAAAUUAUCAAAUUGUGUUUCAUUUUGUAUUUUAUAGGUAAAAAUUGUGAAGCGACUUGUGGUGGGGAUGAAGAUCUUAUCCUAUUGGUGCAG